AUGCCACAAAAUAUUUCGAUUUUAUGCACAUUUUGCGGGAUUGGCGUUCAGACAAUCUUCUCAUUGCUCUACAUGUCAUUGAAAUCGUAUGGUGAGUUUUCUGACGUUGUUUCGACGUUUUUCAGCGUAAUGUCAUGGUCCGGAAUAAUAUGUGGCUUUGUUUCAAUGUUUACAUUCAAAUACGUUGGUGGCUAUGAAUGGAGAAACGUUUACAAGGCAAUUCUCACUCUAACUCCUGCACUUUUCGUUUUAAUUUUUUGUAUCAGAUCAUUACUUUUUAUUUUCACCAAAUCUGCAUCAUCACCAACUAAUGGAACAAUUCUACACAUAAUGGUACUCGUUCUGAUCCAUACAAUCUCAGUUUCAAUUGGAUCAACCGUUGGAUUGAAGUUUCCCAUUAACGACACGCCAUGCAAAGUGAAUAUGAUACCAAGACAUGUUCCUGCAUCUCCAUUUUACAUGUCUCCAGGCUAUUUGAGGGUUUAUGGAGGAAUUUAUUUGUUCAUUUCUAUUCUUGUUGUUCUUUUGACUAUUUCUGAAUCGGAAAGACGUAAUUCGAGUCUAGAUUCUCCGAAAUCUUUUAUGAUUAUGACUAUUUUUAUUUUAAUUUUAUCAUCAUCAAAUAUUUCAUUGACAUUUACAUUUUUGAAGGCCAAAUCUGAUGACUACCACUGGUGGUGGACUUCAUUCAUGUCUCCUGCUUUUGUUUCUGUUAUUUAUUUGAUAUAUUGUUUCUCAUUUUCGUAUGUUUCUGAAGGAUUCCAAGGAUUUCUUCCAUUUUUAUUUAAUUCGACAACAUAUAUUGUUAAAUCAGCUGUUUUAUUUGUUGUUUGCGGUUCAGCUGGUUUUAUUUCUUCAUUUUUAUUCCUCAACAAUAUUAUUUCUCAAUAUUUCAUCUAA